GAGACGACUCGAGUACGCGACUGCGGGGAUCGAUCGGAUUAAACUCGAAUUGAGUGAAAUUAACACAAAGGAGAAAAACCGAGUCGGUGAAGACGGGAUACCGACACGCCGAACAUGAUAAAAUAACUUGAAUUUCGUCAUUUAUUAACGGACCAGAAAGGAUUGUACUGGAGAUACUAACGGGAGUUAAUUUGAGAAAACCUGAAUUGACCAAGCUUGUUAGGUCCUGUAACCUGUCUUUGCCUGACUCUGCAUUCUCGUUCUCUGGGAGAAUUAGGGAAAUAUGGAGUGACAUGCUGAAGAUCAUUUAGCGGAUUAGAGGCUUUGAGGACAUCCACCUCUGUGUGAGCGCAGGUUCCCUGGAGCCUCAUUCCCCCCAGCAGCAAUGGCUGACCCGGGGAUGUUGAGCCUGUUCGGGGAUGAUGCCAACCUGUUCUCGGACGGGCUGGAGGGCCUGGGGGACUGUGGCUUCCCCCAGGGCCAGCCCAACCCCGUAGGACAGCAGGAGCACCAGGACUACGGGUCGCUCUCCUCCAACUCACUACACCACCCCUCGCAGGCCGUCCCCGGAAAGCCCAAGAUGGGUCACCCCUACGACCCCUUUGCAGGCUACGAGCAGCAGCAGGACAACGGCCCCGCCGUCAACAGCAUGGUGACCCCGCACUCACGCUACCACAACAGCCCCCAACAACCCGGAAGGGGGCACCAUGUCUACCCCAGAGCCCAAGGCGAUGGGCACGGGCAGUCCUUCCCUGACGGAGGAGCCGCGUGGGGCCCCCAGACUGGCCCCGGGCAGGGCAGGCCUCCAUUCCAGCAGCAACAGGCAUCCGCCCAGGCCCCAUCCCACCAGCAGCACGGCCCCUCUGGGCCCCAGGCCCCAUCCCACCAGCAGCACGACCCCUCAGGGCCCCAGGACCACGGCCACCGUAUGGGCCCCUACAUGGGCCGGUCCGACUACGCCACUAUGCAGGGCCACCCUGGCCAGACCCAGACGCCACCCAGGAUCAACCACUUCCCUCCGGGCAUGGGCCAGGAGCCCAACCACUACAUGGCCCACGUGGGGCUCCAGCAGAACUCCAGCAUGACGGGCCACCCGGCACAGCAACAGCAGUUUCUUCACCAGCCCGGCCAGGGCCCUGUUCACACCCAGGACCGUAUGGCCUCCCACACCUCUCACCAGCAGCACCAGGGCUUGGCCGGGAGGCCACACCAGAACAUGGGGUUCAACAUGCACGGCCAGGCAGCCUCUCCUGGUGCUGUAACCAGCUCAGGGCCGUACCCCCCCUACCCCCAGUACAGCAACCAUAAUCAGGGAUUAGCCGGCAGUGCAGGGAUGAGUCCCGGCAUGAGCCUCAGCAGCACCAGUAACAACAACAGUAGCGCCAGCGGGCCAAUGGGGCCAGCACAAGUCCAGUGUUACCCCAACGCAGGGGGGGCCCCACAGCGCUACCCGGGUCCUCAGGUACACCAGCAGCCUGUCCACCCCAACCAAAUCACCAGCCAGCCCAUGCACCCCUCCCAGGCCCAGGCCACCCCCCAUAAGCAGCCCCACCUCCCCACACCACCUCAUGGAUCUUACGGCUCUCCCACCUCCAUGUCCCCCAUGAAGGGCAUGGGAACCACCGCGGUCACACCUCCGCCUCAACAGGUCCGACCCCCUAGUGCAGGUCUUGCUCCCGAGGUAGGGUUGUACCCCGGAGUGCCACUCCAGGCCCCUAACCCCAUGGCCCCCCCUCAGAGAAACACCACUCCCCUGGGCGUGCAGCAACCGCAACAUCAUCCCCAGCACCUCUCCCACCCACAGCAGCACCCCCACAUGCCCCCGAGCCAGCAGCUCUACCCGGGUAUGUCCCCCAACCAGAGAGGCCCUCUCGACCAGGUGAGACCUCCAGGUCCUAUGGCCCACGGUGAGCCUCCAGGACCACAGGACCAGCGGCUGCUCCCUCCCCAGCAACAGGCUCCCAAAUCUGGGCUGCAGCCUCCUCCCGUGGCCUUCCAGCAGCAGGUGCACCCAGCCCAGACCGCUUUUCCCUCGUCACAGGCUCAGACACAUCUGGCCGGCCCCCACCACCAGAGCUCCCCGCCCAACCAGCCACCUUGGGCGCCGGCAGGACACCAGUCGCCUCCAACCCCCCAGAAAGUGCCUCACAUUCAGUAUUCUACGUCAUCUGAGAUGACAGCUUCUGACAGGACACCCGCUUCGGGGGCAAACCUCCAGCCAGCCAACCGUGUCAAGAAGCCCACUGAGCAGAAACCAAAAAAGAAGAAAGCAAAGGUGAUGGUGGAGGAAAGAGUAGAGGGGAAAAAGAAACCAAAAAAGAAGAAAGGAGGAUGUAUAGAGGAAUGUGGCGAGGAGGGGAAACGAAAGGUCGGGGACGGUCCCUGGGCGGAGGUUAACUGUCUGACAGGUGCCCUGGAGGAAUCGCUUGUGGUGAAGACAAAGAAGAAACCGAAGGAGCCUAAAGAGCCCAAGACUCCCAAAGAGCCCAAGGAGAAGGCCAAGAGCACUACCCCCAAGGCCAAGAUGCCCAAGAAGCCCAGAAGCACUAAGAAGGUGGAGUCAGCGGAGGGCAGUGGCAGCAGUGUGAAGGAGACUAAGAGGAAGAGGGAGCCCUCGGUCAGCUCCGAUGUGGAGAAGUCACCCCCAGGCCCCUCUGAUGAGGACGACGACGACGACAGUGUCCAGGUACGCGCACACAUGGAAUCGGGAGAGAAAAUGGAAGUGGAAGAAUUCUAUGUGAAAUUCAAGAGCUUCUCCUACCUGCACUGUCGCUGGGCAGAUCUGGAGGAGCUGGAGAAGGACAAAAGGAUCCACCAGAAGGUCAAGCGGUUCAGGGCCAAGCAGGCCCUCCCCACCUUCGUGACAGAGAUGGAUGACGAGCCUUUCAACCCAGACUACGUUGAGGUGGACCGGGUACUGGACGUGUCAGAGAGCACAGAUGAGAACGGAGAGCCUGUAAAGCUGUACCUGGUGAAGUGGUGUUCCCUGCCCUAUGAGGAUAUAACUUGGGAGCUGAAGGCCGACAUCGACCAGGCCAAGAUCGAUGAGUACGAGGCCGUGGCGGCCCGUCAGCCCGAGACCAAACGCGUGGAGCGACCUCCCACCGAAAACUGGCAGAAAUCCGAGAGUUCCAGGGAUUAUAUAAACGACAACGCACUCAGGGAAUACCAGCUGGAGGGAGUGAACUGGUUGCUCUUCAACUGGUACAAUACACGGAACUGCAUCCUAGCAGAUGAAAUGGGCCUGGGCAAGACCAUCCAGUCCAUCACAUUCCUCUAUGAGAUCUACCUGAAGGGGAUCCACGGGCCCUUCCUGGUCAUCGCCCCCCUCUCCACCAUUCCAAACUGGGAGCGGGAGUUCCGCACGUGGACCGAGCUCAACGUGAUCGUCUACCACGGCAGCCAGGCCAGCCGCAAGACCAUCCAGGCCUACGAAAUGAACUACCGCGACGUGCAGGGUCGUGUGAUAAAGGGAGCGUACAAAUUCCAUGCGGUCAUCACCACAUUUGAGAUGAUUCUGACAGACUGUCCGGAGCUGCGCAGCGUCCCGUGGCGCUGUGUGGUCAUCGACGAGGCUCACCGCCUCAAGAACAGGAACUGCAAACUGCUGGAGGGUCUCAAGAUGAUGGACAUGGAGCACAAGGUGCUGCUGACCGGGACGCCCCUGCAGAACACGGUGGAGGAGCUCUUCAGUCUGCUCAACUUCCUGGAACCGGAACGCUUCCCCUCGGAGAACACCUUCAUGCAGGAGUUUGGAGACCUCAAGACUGAAGAGCAGGUCCAGAAGCUGCAGGCCAUCCUGAAGCCCAUGAUGCUGCGACGUCUCAAGGAGGACGUGGAGAAGAACCUGGCUCCCAAGGAGGAGACCAUCAUUGAGGUGGAGCUGACCAACAUCCAGAAGAAGUACUACAGGGCCAUCCUGGAGAAGAACUUCUCCUUCCUGUCUAAAGGAGGACCGGGAGGAGGAGGUGGUGCAUGGGGAGGCGGAGGUGCACAGGUCCCCAACCUGCUCAACACCAUGAUGGAGCUGAGGAAGUGCUGCAACCACCCCUACCUCAUCAAUGGUGCAGAGGAGAAGAUCCUGGACGACUUCCGUGAGAACCACCAUGCCGAGAUGCCCCAAUUCCACCUACAGGCCAUGAUCCAGGCAGCAGGCAAGCUGGUGCUGAUCGACAAGCUGCUGCCCAAGCUGAAGGCCGGGGGACACAGGGUCCUCGUCUUCUCCCAGAUGGUGCGCUGCCUGGACAUCCUGGAGGACUACCUCAUCCAGAAACGGUACCCGUAUGAGCGUAUCGAUGGCCGUGUGAGGGGUAACCUCCGGCAGGCUGCGAUUGACCGCUUCUCUCGUCCGGACUCUGACCGCUUUGUCUUCCUUCUGUGUACCCGGGCUGGAGGCCUGGGCAUCAACCUGACCGCUGCCGACACCUGCAUCAUCUUUGACUCGGAUUGGAACCCCCAGAAUGACUUACAGGCGCAAGCCAGAUGCCACAGGAUUGGCCAGAGCAAGGCAGUGAAGAUCUACAGGCUGAUCACCAGGAACUCCUAUGAGAGGGAGAUGUUUGACAAGGCCAGCCUCAAGCUGGGCCUCGACAAGGCUGUGCUGCAGUCCAUGAGUGGCCGAGAAAACGCAGCCAACGGGGUUCCACAGCUGUCUAAGAAGGAGGUGGAGGACCUCCUCCGUAAAGGAGCCUACGGAGCUCUGAUGGACGAGGAGGACGAGGGCUCGAAGUUCUGCGAAGAGGACAUUGACCAGAUCCUCCUGAGACGAACCCAGACCAUCACCAUUGAGUCCGAGGGCAAGGGGUCCACCUUCGCCAAGGCGAGUUUUGUGGCUGCUGGGAACAGGACGGACAUUUCCCUGGAGGACCCGGACUUCUGGCAGAAGUGGGCCAAGAAGGCAGAGCUCGACAUGGAAGCCAUCAAUGGACGAAACACCCUUGUGAUUGACACUCCGAGGGUGCGGAAGCAGACACGCCACUACAGCUCGAUGAAGGAGGACGAAUUGGCCGAGUUCUCCGAGCUGGAAAGUGACGGCGAGAACGAGAAGCCCUUGACCAAACCCAGGCGGCCCCAGGACCGAGCUCACGGGUACCCCCGCAGCGAGUGCUUCAGGGUGGAGAAGAACCUGCUGGUUUAUGGGUGGGGUCGCUGGGGAGACAUCCUGUCCCGCGGGCGUUUCAAGCGGCCCCUGCAGGAGCAAGACGUGGAGACCAUCUGCCGCGCCCUGCUGGCCUACUGCCUGCUGCACUACCGUGGCGACGAGAACAUCAAGCGCUUCAUCUGGGACCUCAUCACGCCCUCUGAGGACGGACAGAGCCGCACACUCACCAACCACUCCGGUCUGUCUACUCCAGUACCGCGGGGUCGUAAGGGGAAGAAGGGGAAACCAGCCCCGCCUGCCCCUCCCCAGCUCCCCAGGGCAAAGUGGCUGGCCAGCUGUAACCCUGACCUGCUACUGCAGGAGGACAGCUACAAGAGACACCUCAAACACCACUGUAACAAAGUUCUACUGAGGGUCCGUAUGCUCUACUAUCUGCGACAGGAAGUCAUCGGUGACCACGCAGACAGGAUCCUAGAGGGAACAGACUCAAGUGAAAUGGAUAUCUGGAUCCCGCAGCCUUUCCACGCCGAGGUGCCCGCCGAUUGGUGGGACAGCAAGGCAGACAAAUCGCUGCUCAUCGGUGUCUUCAAACACGGCUAUGAGAAGUAUAACUCGAUGCGUGCCGACCCUGCGCUGUGUUUCUUGGAGCGGGUGGGCAUGCCCGACGCCAAGGCCAUCGCUGCAGAGCAGAGGGGGGCGGACAUGAUGGCAGAUGGUCCGGAGGGAGAGGAUGAAGACCCAGAGUACAAGCCUCUCCGCAUGACCUUUAAAGAUGAGAUGGAGGACUUCGCGAACUCACCCCUGGAUGACAAAGAGGAGACUGUGGACGUUGAGAGUGGUGAAUCUAAACCAGGUGAGAAUGUAGCAGGCAGCAGAGGGGCGGGUCGUCUGUACUGGCCGGCGGCCUCGGCCCUCACCGCUAGACUCCGCCGCCUCAUCACGGCCUACCAGCGCACGCACAAGAGGGAGCAGCUCCGCCAGGAAGCCAUGGCCCGGCCCGACGGACGCCGCCGCCGCCAGCCCCGAGAACAUCUCUUCUCCAUGGUCACAGACGGAGGAGGGGCCUACGUGCAGGAGGACGGAGCAUUCAUGGCAGAGGGAAGUCCUUAUAUGGCCAAGGGCGCCGCUUUUAUGCCUGAGACGACGGGGCUCCUGGCGGAAGGAGGGGCCGCCUUCAAAGAGAGGCGUCAGAGGUGGACCAGGCGUGAGGAAUCAGACUUCUACCGGGUUGUGUCCACGUUUGGUGUGAUCUAUGACACGGACCGCCAGCGCUUUGACUGGACCCAGUUCAGGGCCUUCGCCCGGCUGGACAAGAAGAGUGACGAGAGCCUGGAGAAAUACUACUUCUCCUUCGUGGCCAUGUGCAAGCGGGUGUGUCGCAUGCAGGUCAAGGCCAACACAGAGCUCCCAGACCCUACCCUGAUCAUUGACCCCAUCACGGAGGAGCGCGCCUCACGCACCCUCUACCGCAUUGAGCUGCUGCGUCGCAUUCGCGAGCAGGUGCUGCCCAACCCCCUGCUAGGUGAGCGCCUGCGCCUCUGCCAGCCUAGCUCCGACCUGCCCGAGUGGUGGGACUGCGGCCGGCACGACCACGACCUCCUCCUGGGCGCCUCCAAGCACGGCGUGAGCCGCACUGACUACCACAUCCUCAACGACCCUGCGCUGGGCUUCCUGGAGGCCCACAGGAAGUUCACCAAGGGGGGAUCGGCUGGGGUGCCUCAGCCGCCCCGCGAUGGAGCUCUCUCUACUGCUUCUUCCUCUUCCAAUGAGCAGGCCACAGCUACUGCUGGUGCUGAGAAAUCCUUACCUGUCCAAGAGGACGAAGAAGGGAAGGAGAUGAAAGAGGAAGGUAACGACAUUCCAUGUACUAAACCUGAGAAACCAGACGAAGGCAAGGAAGAAGAGAUGGAGGCGAAGAAGGAAGAGAAGGCCGGGUCUCCCGUGAAGGUGAAGGAGGAAGAGAAGGCCGGGUCUCCCAAGAAGGUGAAGGAAGAAGAGAAGGCCGGGUCUUCCAAGAAGGUGAAGGAGGAAGAGAAGGCCGGGUCUCCCAAGAAGGUGAAGGAGGAAGAGAAGGCCGGGUCUCCCAAGAAGAUGAAGGAGGAAGAGAAGGGAGAGGAGGAAGACAAAGAGGAGAAAAUGGAGGUCAACGGCGACGCUGACGGAGAGACUUCCAAGGAGGCCAAACCCGAGAAAGAGUACAAAGCUCCCACUGAGACCAAGGACCAGGACAAAAAGCUGGACUUCCAGGAGAAACCAGAGUCUCCUAAAGCAUCAGAAGAGCAGGGAACCAAGAAAGAAGAGAGAGAUGAGAAAGAAGGAAGCCCUGCCAAGUCUCCUAAACCAGUGGCUGAGAAAGGGCCCGAUGAGGAGAAGAUGGAGGAAGACGACAAGUCUGAGAAGUCCUCUCAAGCUGAAGCGGGCGCCACCUCAGAGCAGAAGAACUUUGACGAGGAGAGCAACGCCUCACUGAGCACCACGGCCAGAGACGAGACCCGCGACGGGUUCUGCCCCGAGGACGGAGAGCCCUCUGCCAUCCCGGCCCUCCAGGAGAGAACCACCUCAUCCUUCUGGCCCAAGGACCGUGUCAUGAUCAAUCGCAUGGACAACAUCUGCGAUGCGGUCAUCAAGGGCAAGUGGCCCGCCAACCGACGCCAGUUCUUCGACUUCCCGGGCCUGUUGCCUGGAUACCCCGGCCCCAUGACGUCUGAAAGCCCCAUGCCGAGGCAGAGCCUGGCCGAACUGUCGAUGGCAGCGGCCGCUCAGACCAGCUUCAGUGGCAGCGAGGACCUCACCCUCUCGCCCCAGGCUAAUGAGGAUGCUCUGAGCAUAUCAUUGCCGAAGCAGCGUCGUCGCAGGCGGAGGAAGGUGGAGAUAGAGGCAGAGCGUGCGGCCAAGCGCAGGAACCUGAUGGAUAUGGUGGCCCAGCUCAGAGAGUCUCACGCUGCAGAGUCCCAGAGCCAGGCCAUGGAUCUUACCAAGGGUAUUCUGCACCAGCACCACAAGUCUUCAGCGCCCUCCCCGGCGAGCUACUCCAGCAGCAUGGUCUCACCUGCUGCCCUCAAGGCACAGAUGGAGCUUCUGCAGCCGGCCACACCCUCCAGACACAGGGCCAACUGCUCAUUGGCUGAGGCUGACCUGCCCACCAGGAGGAGGCGGGGCCGCAGGAAAAAUGUGGAGGGGCUGGAGCUGCUGUUCAUGAGAGGAGCCACGGAGGAUUCAGAGAGGACCAAAGCUUCAGUGGAGGGGUUGCAGAUGCCCCCACGUUCCCACCGCCACAACAUUCCCAGCACCUCCGCCUGUGUCCCCUCUGUCAGCGCUAUGGAGGACAGGGAGGCUGGUACCCCCUCUAACAAAGACCUGAGUGACUGGCUCAGACAGCACCCCACAUACACCAUGGACAUGCCUACUGCGUACACACCAAAGAGUGAGGAGAUGCUCCUCUCCUCCCAGUUCCCCAAACCCAAGCAAAAGAGACACCGCUGCCGGAACCCCAACAAGAUCGACAUCAACACGCUCACCGGAGAAGAGAAGGUUCCCGUGAUCAACCGGAGAAACGGAAGAAAGAUGGGUGGUGCCAUGGCCCCUCCCAUGAAGGAUCUUCCCAGAUGGCUCCUGGAGAACUCAGAUUUUGCCGUCGCUCCAGACUGGACUGACAUUGUCAAGCAAUCGGGCUUCCUCCCUGAGGCCAUGUUCGACCGUCUCCUGACUGGACCCUUGGUGCGUGAGGAGGGUGUCCGUCGUCGGGGAAGACGUCCCAAAUCGGAGAUCGCCAAGGCAGCAGCGGCCCAGGCUGCAUCCUCUGGGGGCCUUAACCCCCUGCUGAUAAACGGCCUGUUUGGAGGCAUGGACCUCACCAGCUUGCAGGGCCUACAGAGCCUCCAGAGUCUGCAGCUGCAGCUCAUGGGCUUCCCCGGCAUGGGGGGGGCUGAUGCUAAACACGCCUCGGCCAUGCUGCCUCUCAUGCUGCCUGGCAUGGCUGGUAUGGGCGGUCUGCCCAACAUGUUUGGCCUGGGAGGCCUGUUCGCAAGCAACCUGGCUGCAGCCACGCCUGCUGCAGCCUCCAACGGCACCAACGACGAGGGCGAUUCGGACGAGACAUCGAAGAGAGACGCCAGGGAGGGUGGACAAGAGCAGGAUGAGGAGAAGGACGACACUGGGGAGGAGGCAGAGUCGAGCAAGGCUAAUGGGGAGGCCGCGGCUCUGAAUGUGGCUGCUGCCGCUAUGGCCGCCUCCGGCAUGUCAGCUACCUCACUGGCCUUCAAUCCCUUCCUGCUCUCCACCAUGGCCCCGGGGCUCUUUUCCCCCUACAUGUUCCUGCCCCCUGGCCUGGGAGGUCUCACCCUGCCUGGCUUCCCCCCCACUGCCCUGGCCGACCUGCAGAGUGCCAUGGCUGGAGCCAUGGGGGUUGCCUCUGGAGCUCAGGGCCAGGAGAAGGAGCCCGGCCAGGUUGCCCUGGAUCGCCCUGCUGCCGCUACCGCAGACCCAGAGACUGCUGAUGACAGUGACUCAGCUGAGAGCCUGGAGAAGACUGCAGAGUCGUCUGCGCUAGAAGAUGAGGCCUCAGCAUUAGCAGAGGAAGCCGACUCACCGGAAGACCUGGAGGCCGAGGAGGAAGGAGAGGAUGCCCUUAAGGAGGAAGAGAAGAGUGACUGAAUCUAACUGGCCUUUGACCCCCCCCCCACACACACACACACACACCAACUUGAUAUCCAAACAUAUGAAUUUGUUUUUUCUUUUUUCUUUUCAUUGUUUUUGUUUCUUUGACAGGUAAACAUUUUAAUCAGGGAGAGCAUAUGUAGCUAAAAGGCUCUUAAUGUAUUGUUAAUGGCAUAGUCAGGGAAAAAGCUAACUGAAGUAGAGUUUUGCGGAUGUUUUAAGGGUGUUAUUUUUGGUCUUUGUUCACUGAACGGUGCAUUCUAGAUGAAAUGGGAAAUUUCCUCAAAUAUUAUUAUAGGAAUUAAUCGUUCCAAUAGUGCUAUGCUGCUUUUCUGUUUCAUUUAUUAUUUAAUUUUUUGGUGGAUAUUGUGACAGUAAGUAGCAUCUCGUAACUCUCCAGUGGCGUACAAUUUAAUGGCAUUAAGCGUCUGUCUAUAUGCUGCUGAUGAAAAGGAUCAUGGGUCAUUUAGAUUUUGCUGUUGUACUGUUCUGCUUUUAAGAGCAGGAUGAAGUUCUCACAAAUCAGAUGGCCUAAUAAUCUGACUGUUCCCAGUCUCUCACUGACGAUCACACACACACCCGUCAACACCCACACACACCCGACUGUCUAUUCCUGUAGUCUUACACUCUAACAAUCCAACCUGACUGUUCCCAGUCUCUCACAGACGAUCACACACACACCCGUCAACACCCACACACACCCGACUGUCUAUUCCUGUAGUCUUACACUCUAACAAUCCAACCUGACUGUUCCCAGUCUCUCACAGACGAUCACACACACACCCGUCAACACCCACACACACCCGACUGUCUAUUCCUGUAGUCUUACACUCUAACAAUCCAACCUGACUGUUCCCCCGUUUCAAUCGGACGGUCCUACCGUCACCCUCCAACCGUUCCUCUCCCAUUACCCUUCUCAGUAGCAGUUUUCUGUCUACUAUUAACACCCAUAUUGUCUGACUCUUCCAAGUCACACUGGUUAUAGAAACAGUUUUCCAGUUUCACAGCGACCGAUGGUCCUGGGUCUCCUGCCUGUUUUUAGUCUGACACUGACAAAGCCGAGCAGAGGAGAGACCUCUCUCCAACAACGCGGAGGGAGACAGCAAUAACCGAAGGCAGCUUUUGAAUGUUUCAAACAUCGCUCUCCCAUUUAAACACAACUACAACCACAAGUGUUGGUGAAAAAGAUAAAUGAAAUCGCAUACAAAUGAUGACAUUAAAAAGUUCUGCAAUCUAUUCGUCUCACUCUAUUCCUGAUGAUGCACUGGUGUAAGAGUAAAAUAAUCAGGUACCUUUUAUCUUUGAAUGGACUUUUUGUUUCUUUUAGCCACCAAGCUGAACAGCAUUACCUCAAUUCUAACUAGCCUUGAAGUUUACAGACAUACGUUGUAAAUUGUUUUUUUGUGUCUGUUAUUUUUUUGGAACAUCGUAUGAUGAACUGUUGUGAUGACGCUUUUAAUAAAAGUGAAUCAUGAUAUUCGCCUAGGAAACCAAACCCAGAGUGCUUGUUGUGACUGUUUUGGAAUUAGAUGUUAAAUGUAGAUGUCUAUUUUGAGUGUUAAAUGACGUUGGUUGAUUCAUGGUGGUGAUAUUGUCAGAAAGCAGCAGAAAAUGACGUAAAUAUCCCAGAAUCUGAAAAUAAAGGGUUAAGUGCAGAUGGA